CCUUAGAGAGUCAGUCUGUGGGUCGGUGUCCGGCUAGGUCUAAGUGGUGAGGAGUGGGACUCUUGUCAUGCACGUGACACCACGAUGGAUGACUAUCCGAUGUAUGGGUUGCUUGUUGGGUUCUCCCUCUGGGGGACCCUCUGGCGUCUCCUAUUCCCUCGGGGGUUCUGGCACACCUUUACGUGUAGAGUAGAUACCCGGGGUGGUGCCUCCACUAAGCCGUACACGAAGGAGGAGGAGGAGAAGAUGGCCGCCGUCCUGAGGGAAAGAAAGGAGAAGAAAGAGGUCAAGAAGAAGGCCUUACAGGAGGAGCAGGUGGCCAAGCUGAAGAAGAUAGAGGAAGAGAUGGCCAGAGAGAAGGACAGAAUAAAGAAAGAGGAAGAGGAGAAGCUGAAAGAGGUGGAAGAGGAAGAGGAGGAAGAUGAAAUGCCACUGCAAAAGGAAGAGGGGGCAGUACAGUGGCAGCAGAGAUGAUGAGAUGGAAAAACGGAUUUCAUAAUGGGUCGCCAACCUAUCCCUGGGUGAAGAAGAAGAGGUGGCGAUGUAUAUCCCCAA